CUGUGACGUGGUUUACCGACGGGUUAGCAGGCGCUGCUCCGGAGCUACCUGAACUAAAGCGCCGCAGGACAGGAGCUGCCACAACCCACAGCGCGCACCGGGACUGGCCGACCGUCUGAGCCUGCAACUGGAACCCGGGUUCGGCCGUCGCCGCCACAAGUCAGAACAAGGGUGCAGCACGAUUCCCAGGAAACUCAUAAAAUCUCAUCAUGGGAGCUGUGGCGAUCGAUGACAGUCCGUCUGGAGUUAAAGCCCCAGAUGGUGGCUGGGGCUGGGCUGUACUCUUUGGGUGCUUUGUCAUCACUGGAUUCUCCUAUGCCUUUCCGAAGGCCAUGAGUGUCUUCUUCAAGGAACUUAUCCGGGAGUUUCAUGUUGGCUAUAGUGACACAGCAUGGAUUUCCUCUAUUUUGUUGGCUAUGCUGUAUGGAACAGGUCCCCUAUGCAGUAUGUGUGUCAAUCGGUUCGGCUGCCGUCCUGUAAUGUUGGCUGGAGGCUUCUUUGCCUCAGCUGGGAUGAUCAUUGCUUCCUUCGCCACUAAUAUCAUUCAGAUCUAUUUUUCUGCUGGUGUCAUUACUGGAUUGGGCCUGGCCCUUAAUUUCCAGCCAUCCCUUAUCAUGCUGAAUCGCUACUUUAGCAAAAGACGGCCUUUGGCCAAUGGGUUGGCUGCAGCUGGAAGCCCUGUGUUCCUCUGUGCUCUUUCCCCCCUGGGACAGGUACUGCAGCAUAAAUAUGGAUGGCGAGGGGGAUUUCUCAUCUUGGGAGGAUUGCUUUUCAACUGCUGUGUUUGUGGAGCUCUGAUGAGACCUUUGGAAGGUCCAAAAAAACAGGAGGCUUUGAAACCAACCGAGAAACGCAAAAAGCUAUUGGAUUUCACCGUUUUCAAAGAUACUGGCUUUGUAAUCUAUACAGUGGCUGCAUCCAUUAUGGUGCUAGGCUUAUUUGUGCCUCCAGUUUUUGUAGUGAGCUAUGCUAAGGAUCUGAAGUAUGAGGACACCAAAUCAGCUUUCCUUCUGACAAUUCUUGGCUGCGUGGACAUUUUUGCUCGACCUCUUUGUGGAAUACUGGCUGGCUUGAAGUGGGUUAGGCCCCGUUGUGUCUAUUUCUUCAGUUUUGCUAUGUUUUUUAAUGGUUUCACUGAUCUCAUGGGCUCCUUUUCUUCCGAUUACGGUGGCCUGGUGGUGUUCUGCAUCUUCUUUGGCAUUUCCUAUGGAAUGGUUGGUGCUCUUCAGUUUGAAGUUCUCAUGGCUAUUAUUGGUACACAGAAGUUUUCAAGUGCCAUUGGCUUAGUUCUUUUGGUUGAAGCAAUGGCUGUUCUAAUUGGCCCACCUUCAGCAGGAAAACUCCUGGAUGCAACUCACAAGUAUAAGUAUGUUUUUAUUUUGGCUGGUGCUGAAGUCAUUACCUCCUCUGUGGUGCUGGCCUUAGGAAAUAUCUUCUGCAUCAAAAAACCUGCAGAAACACACCAAGAUCAUGCUGAAAGAGAAGGGUUAGAUCAACUACCAGGAGAAUCCAAAGUGGACUCUAUUGAAGUGGAACAUUUUCUGAAAGAUGAAAAAAAUGGGAAAGUUGUAACCAACCCAGAAACAUGUGUCUGAAUGUUACCAGAAAUGAAUGCCCAACAUUUAGAGAAAGAUUCGGACACUUUUAAUAUUUGUAUUUAUUUUGGUAAUAAGCUUUGCUUAAGAUUGGGCCAUUAUGUUUGGGAACUAGAGAUCAAGCAGCUCAUCACUUCUUGGAAGCUGGUUUGUUAGGAAGCUUUUUUCCCUGUUUUAAAAUAAGGAUUGAUCUUCAAGUUAAUUUGCUUGGGCAUAACUACUGCUGUAAACUAACCCAUGGCCUUCUAAACACACAGAGAUCGUGCUUUGCACUACCAGAAAACAUUAUCUUGGAUGCAAUUAUUUUAUCUAGAAGAAUGAAUGUGUAAAUGUUCCUGUAAUGCAGAUGACAUACUUAUUGUUUUUGUAUCUAUAGAACCUCAAAGUAUCUUCCAUGACUGUGGCUGAUUUAAAGGGAACAAUUACCAAGAGAUCAACCCUUUUUUUAAUCUUAUAGGAUGCUGAGUUUUUAAUAAUUUUGGGUUUCGCCAAUAUAUUUUAAUGUAUAUUGUUUUCAUCAUCUUUUUUUUACUUUAAAGAUCACACGUGCAGAAGAAAGUUAUUGUGAUGCUUCCUGGGGGAAAGAAAAUCGAACUACUAUUCUUAAAUGGGUCAAAACAAUGAAUUGUGAUUAGUUUUCAUAGGACAACAAACUGAAGAGCUAUUUCAGUCUCUAAUUACCUGCUGAUUUUCAACUUUAACUGCAGGCUCUUAUGAGCAUGCCUUAUAUUAAUGAUUUGUAAAACUUUCUAUGACACGGGAACAGCAGAUUAAUAUGGACUGAUAUGUUAACUCUCAAUAUUUGUCUAGUAACAGUAUAUACCUUUUUGUCUAGCCAUAUUUUUAUAAAGUAGAAAAAAAUAUUUCCAAACAUUUUAUCAUGCCCAUCAUAUAAAUCACAAGAGAUUAAUGGAGUUGGCAGCUUUGAGGACUUGAAGGAAAUAAUGUAGCAUAGGAAAAAGUAAAGAUUAUUUUUGUCACCCAAAGUCUUCUAAGAAACAUUCACACUACAACCUAUGCCUUCUGUUACUUGGGGUAGUGGAAGCUGGCCCCACAAUGUUGCAUUAGGGGGCGAGAGUGGCUGAGAUUUCCUCACAAGCAAAGAACUCAUGAGCAAAGCAAAGCACUCUAUUCUGAUGGACACCAGUGGAAGCAGUUAUAAAUCAUGGUUUGUUAAUUAAAUGUGUUGACUGUCCAUUUAUCCCAAUGAUGGGCUUUUUCUGCCUCUUCUGAACAGUUCUUUAAAUUGACCUGUUGACUUUGAAGGCUAAUUGUGGUAUUCCAUAGCUAAGCUGCAAAAUUCCAUAUGCUCCCUAGAGAGCUGUUAGGUUUUUGUAUCUCUUUACUACCAUUCAGUGGAUAUUUUGAGUUUUUCAAAAGAAUUUCCAGAGAACAGCAGGUUCUUAGUCCAAUAUGAAUUAGAGAGAGAGGUUAGAAGUUUCCUGAAGAUGGAUUCCAGCACGAGUGUGAAAGCUCGGAAGAUAUGUCUGGUCCCGGUGACCAAUCCAAAUUGGAUCCUGCAACAUUAUCCUGGGACAUGUAUAUUCACCUUCAUUCGCUAAAUGAAUUAUUUUCUCUAGAGAAAGUAGUCAAAUGAGUUAUGCAUUACUUGAGUUAUAUACUAGAAACCAUUUAUUAUCAGAUGCCAAUAUAAGAGGAUUAUAUUAGAUAAGGAUUACAGGUGCUCCAAGCAUGCAAAUUGGACUGCUUGGCCAACCCAGUAUUAUACCAACUAGGCAGGGAGAACAACUUGGCAAAAGUAUUUAUGGCCUAGUUCCUGCCAUAGAAUUGGAUAUUUCCAGUCUUACAGCAAUUUUAGAUUCCAAUGUCUUUCAACUCCAAUGAAUCUGGCCACAAAAAGUAGGUCUCAUUAUGGAGAAUGCCAUGUUGUCCACCAUUUCUGCCUAUCAUACACAUGUGAAAGAAUCUAUGCUCUGAAAGGAAAUUUGUUUGUAAUAAUCCAGUCAACACUGACUUUCAAAAGUUAUGCAAUUAUUGUUCCCUGGAAAUUCUAAUUUCAACAUAACUGGAGGAAACCAAAUGGGGAAAAAACUGAUUUACUAGUUCAAUGAUGUCAGGAGAAAAAUGUGCUAAUAUCUUCAUGUUUACCUGGGAACAUUGGAAAUUAUUAGUGGUAGAAUUUUGUCAGUUUCUCUACCUGCAGACAAUUCAUGUAGAAUAAUUUUCUUUAAUUUCUUAAAAACAUUCUUUUUAACUUGCAUCUUAAAUCCAAUUUCUCAUUUCUUAUGUGGUUACCAAAGAUAAGAUAUUUUUCUUUAAGAUAUUUCGGUAGUAUUAAAAUACCAAACAGAAAUAUUGACAGAUCUGGCCAAUUUCGGCCAUAGUAUUUAACCCAAAGAUUAAAUCUGUUUACUAUCUCAUGUUAUUUUUGAUAGAAACUUCAUUUUUUGUGUAUAGUUAGUAGCAAGGACAGAUGGUCAAAGCCUGGCAGAAUUAUAAUAUAGAAUUUGAUCAAUAUUUGCUUACACAGAUUGGAAAUAUAAAUCAACCUAUUUUUUUUAUGAAAUAAGAUGUUAUGGUUCAGUGUAAGUAGCUUAUAGAGCAACUCAUAUGAUGCUAAAAUGCUGCAAUGAUAUUAUCAAGCAAAUACCAUUGUAUUUGAGUCUUGACAACCAGCCUAAGGUGGUUAAUUUAUGGCAUUUGUAUGAUGACAUUUAACGUAUGCCAUCACUUCCUCUCCCUCCUGGUCAAUGUUGUUUAGGUUGGAGGAUUAUUGCACUGCUUUCAAAGGCAAUUCAAAACUCAACCUGGCCUCAGAAAGUUUCUCAAGAAUUACAACAAAUGGGUCAUGGAUACAGGUCAUUCACCUCGUUCAACAGAAACAAAACAUUAUUGUGCCCUUUUUCCAUAUACUUGGAUGUAGUGAGAAAUGAAAUGUUUGGUGUUAUUUCCAUGUAAUUGAAUUAAACCCAAUUUAAAAGGUGUGAAUCUCAUGUCUUUCAAUUUUAUUUUUCUGUGGAUUUUUUGUGUACCCUAUUUGUUUGAGAAAGUACUGCUAAUUCACCUGUGUGGAAGGAUUUUAGCAUUCCCCUGCUCCCGCAAUUAAUGAGAAAUUCUACCUGGCUUGUAUUUCCAUGCACAUAGCACUGGAUUUAUGUGCCUGGAUUUUUUCUAGUAAUCAAAAACAACACAGGCCCUGUCCUGUGUUAAAGGAUUUUAAAAGUAUUUUAAAAGACUUUUGUUUUAAUAUGUGCUUUUAUCUGAUUGGAGCAUGGAUGGUAAUAGUUAACCCAAAUAUUCUGGAAUAGUGGAACAGAACUUUAUUAGUAACAAACUGACCUUGUUUUAACACAUAGUUACUUGCUGCUGAACAUUUUAGCUCAUUGUCUAGAAUCGAUGCGUUCCUCGAAGUGCUCCAAAUCUGCCCCCCCCCCGGGGCGGAUGGGACUAUUCGUUAAUUGUUGACAUAGUUAAAGUAGCAUUUAUUAAAUUAUUUUCAUUCAGUAAAUGUUUGGGGGUCAAUGAACAAUCUGGAAUUUCAUGAAGGCAAAUCAGCUGAAUUUGAUCUAAGAAGAGGGGGGAACUUUCCUUCCUCAUUGCUUCCAUCAACAUCAUAAAUAACGCAAAAGCCAAGGAACUGCAGGUCUUAUCUUGAGGGUAGAUAUGAGGAGGCACAAAUUCUCCAUUCCUCCUUGAAAGGGAGGGUAACGUAGGAUUAGUACACUAAGAUGAUGAUUAUUAAGAUUUCUACACAUCAGUUCUGUUCUAUAUUACUCUAUUGAAAGUUUGCACCACACCUUUUGUUGUUUAACACAAGUCCCCUGAACUAUCACUAUAUGUGACAGCCAUAUGUUUACAUUCUUCAUUCCUAAAACUGGUAUUUCCAUACAAUGGCUGUGGGGAAGAAGUAAAACUUCAGAACAAAGUUCUUGCAUGGAAAAGGGAUAAGUAAGCUGUGCUCAGAAUUUGACAAUUGCAAGUGUCAAUAUAUUGCUAUUUAUGAGUAGGAUACUUGUGAUAAUUUUCAGGCAAAUGAAGUCACUUUUUGUCUCAACUCUCAUGUAAAUGCACUUUUAUGUCAUAAUAUGUGGUUGUUAAUGUAAUUUUUAGUGAACAACUGUAAAUAUAGUGAAUAAAUUUUAUUCUGUUAAUAUA